UCCAGAACACUCAGGGCAUGUCAAUCCCGUUCCCAAUGUACGGUCUGCCUCCGGGAUACACCCCACCUGUUGGGGAAUAUUCGGAGGUAGAGCAGACUUCCUUUUCUUUUCCUGUGACUAACAACACACUACCAAUCAAUACUCAAGGGCCGAUAUUAGCCUCGACACCCACGACAGGAGUGGGAAUGAAGGAGACAAUCACAUUCGCAGAACCAAGGGUGACUGUGGCACAAAAUACUCCAAACAUAACUGUUGAUGAAGAUGCUUUGGCUAAGGUCAUGCCGCACGCCACAACCCAAGUAGUGUCCGCCUGUAUUGAUAGGGCUAAAAGUAAGCUUGAGAUUUUUGAAGAGAGGGUUCGAGCCAUUGAAGGUGGUGGAAGCUAUGGGUUCGGUGAUGUUGCAAGGUUAAGCUUGGUUCCUGGUGUGAUGAUACCACAUAAGUUCAAGGUCCCAGAAUUUGAAAAGUAUCAGGGCACCACGUGCCCUAAGAGCCAUUUGACAAUGUAUGGUAGAAAGAUGGCUGCUUAUGCCUAUGAUGACAAGUUGUUGAUACAUUGCUUCCAAGAUAGUUUGGCUGGUGUUGCGCUGAAUUGGUAUACACACUUGGAGCCAUCUCGAAUUCAUUCCUGGAUGGAUUUAGCAGACGCCUUUGUGAAGCAGUAUAAGUACAACACGGAUAGCGCGCCGGAUAGAUUGCAAUUGCAAAAUAUGGCCAAGAAGGAUACUGAGUCCUUCAAGGAAUAUGCACAACGGUGGAGAGAGUUGGCUGCUCAGGUUGAGCCACCACUACUUGAUAAAGAGAUGGUGGCGACGUUUGUAAACACACUACAAUCACCAUUUUAUGAGCACGUGUUGGGGAAUGUGUCUUCCAAUUUCACUGAUAUCAUUAUUAUUGGUGAAAGGAUAGAAAUCGGGUUAAAGAGUGGAAAAAUUGCAUAUGGCCCGUUCGCGGCUGCAACUUCUAAAAAACCAGGUUUCCAUCCAGGAAAGAAGAAAGAAGUGGAAGCACACACAGCCUUAGUGAUGCCAGUGUGGGAAAGUCGGGCUCCUACUCACAAUUAUCGACCACACCCAAACCAACCUCCUUAUGUGGCUAAUGCGGUGUCUGUUCAUCAAACACCACCUCAGCAGCAAGGGUUUUAUCAAGCGUCAAAUCUUUAUCAACCGCAACAUGCCCCAAAUAAUGCUUGGAAAACCGAGCCUAACUCAGGUUUCAACCGAAAUGUAGGUCAAAGCACCAAUAUGAGGAGGAAUCAAGAUAGGAACUUUGUUCAGUUCACUCCCAUUCCCAUGACGUAUACGGAAUUGUUACCGCAUCUUCUUCAAAAGCGCUUGGUUGCAAUUUGUCCGAUGAAGCCUAUGCAACCCCCGUUCCCAAAGAAUUAUGAUCCAAAUGCUAAAUGUGACUAUCACGGAGGGGGGGUUGGACACUCUACUGAGAAGUGUGUAGCCCUCAAACACAAAGUUGAAGCUUUAAUCAACUCAGGGUGGGUAAAGUUUCACGAAGACAAACCUAGUGUUGAAACGAAUCCUCUUUCAGGACAUGGGAAUCCUUCAACGAAUGCCGUCGAGGAUAGGGAACACAAGCUAGUAAGGAAUGUGAAUGAAAUCCGGAGCUCCAAGCGAUUUAUUUUUGAGACAUUGCUGAAAUCGGGUCUGUUAAAAGGGGGAUAUAACUUGAGUGAAAAAUGCGGAUUCCAUCCGGGUGCUAAGCAUUCUAUCGACGAGUGCACCAAGUUCGAGGAUGUUUUACAAAAUCUGCUCGACAGAAAUUUUGUGCAAGUAUGUCGCGAGGGUAUAGAGGAGGAAGUAUUUGCACAAGAUGGCGGGAAACCCGAUGUGACCUUGCCAGAGCCAUUGGUGAUUCAUUUCACCAGAUCCACCCCUACACUAGCAAUGCAACAAAGGCAACCUAUUACUAUCCAAGCACCCUCCACUUUUCCUUACAAGAGUGAGGAAGCUGUUCCGUGGAAAUAUGGUGUAUGUGUGUCGGGUGGGGAACAACGAAUAGAAGGCCAGCCUACCAGUGGUGAGCCAGUAGUUGAAAAUAUUUCGGGCAUCGGUGGAAUGACUAGGAGUGGUCGAAUAUUCACGCCUCCGAUCUUGAUGAAAGAGGGAACAGGUAGUAGUGAACCGGUGAUGAACAAAAAUGCUAAUGAAUUCUUGAAGGGGAAGGAGAUACAGACCGAUGAAGGACUGAGAAAAGACGACAAGAAAGAAAUAUCUAAUGAAGAGGCUAGUGAGUUUUUGAAGUUCAUACAACAGAGUGAGUAUAAAGUGGUCGAGCAGUUGAACCGCAUGCCUGCUCGGAUCUCUCUUUUGGAUUUACUCAUGCAUUCAACCUCACAUAGAAAGCUACUAAUGAAGAUACUCAGUGGGGCGCAUGUGGAGAAGAAUAUCUCUCUGGACAGUUUUGAGGGAAUUGUUAGCAACAUCACUGCUAACAAUUACCUCACUUUCACUGACGAGGAGAUACCUACUGAAGGGAGAGGACACAACAAGGCCCUCCAUGUCUCUGUAAAAUGCUUGGAUCAUGUCAUAGCACGAGUAUUAAUCGACAAUGGUUCUUCCUUGAAUGUAAUGCCAAAAGCAACAUUAGGAAAGCUUCCGUGUGAGGGUAUCCACAUGAAACCAAGUGCAAUGAUCGUGAGGGCUUUUGAUGGGAGCAAAAGAGAGGUGAUGGGAGAGGUAGAACUGCCGAUCCAAUUUGGGCCGUGUGUUUUUCAAGUAACCUUUAAAGUGAUGGAUAUCCUCCCAGCAUACAGUUGCUUGUUGGGUCGCCCUUGGAUUCACUCGGCGGGUGUGGUGCCUUCAACCUUGCACCAAAAGUUGAAAUAUGUCAUGGGCGAUAAACUAGUGAUAGUUUCAGGAGAGGAAGAUAUUUUGGUGAGUGGACAUUCGUCUUCUCGAUAUAUUGAGGUAGCAGAAGAAGCCCUUGAGACAGCUUUCCAGUCUUUGGAAAUUGUGGGCAGUACCUAUGUGGAGCCAUAUCCGAUGAACCCACAAUUGUCUCGUGCCUCCCUUAUGACCGCCAGAAUCAUGCUAAAAGAGGGAUACGAAUACGGGAAAGGGCUAGGCAAGGACAAGCAAGGAAUGAUAUUUCCCCUGGAGGUCACUGAGAAAAGGAAUAGAUACGGCCUGGGAUACAAACCUACUCGAGAAGACAAGAGGAGGCUGAUGGAAGAAAGAAGAGAACGUGAUCUGGCUCGCAUGCACGGAAAAGAGCACGAGUUAAAAAGGAUUUGCAUCUGCGAUAUCAAAGAGAGCUUCCACAGUGCCGGAUGGAUCAACACUAGCCAAAUAGCAGCUGUCAACGAUGAAGAUGAACGGGAAAGCUCAACUUUUGUGCAGCCAUGCACUUCAGAUGCACCACUCAACAAUUGGGAGACUUUGGAUCUACCUGUGAUGUUUAAUUUGGUUAAAAUAUGCAGAUAUGACAAUGAAUGUUUUGAAAAUAACAAUGUCGAUAUCCCCAAUUUUGAGCACCCUGUCGAUAAUAUGGAAGAUGAUUAUGAAGAUGAUCCGGAACCCUCCCCUGAACUAAUGAGGUUAGUGGAACUAGAAUCUAAGGAAAUAAAACCCCAUCAAGAGGAUGUUGAAACACUUAACCUAGGAGAGGAGGAUGAGAAGAAAGAAGUGAAGAUUGGCACUAGUAUGAAGAGAGAAGUGAAACAAGAAUUAUGCGCUUUACUAAAAGAAUUUAGGGAUGUGUUUGCUUGGUCGUACAAUGACAUGCCUGGUUUAGAUACUGAUAUAGUGCAACAUAAACUUCCACUCAAGCCGGAAUGUCCUCCAGUUAGACAAAAGCUAAGGAGAAUGAAACCAGAAAUGUUAUUAAAGAUCAAAGAAGAAGUGCAAAAGCAAUUUGACGCUGGAUUUUUAGCUGUGGCAAAAUAUCCUCAAUGGGUGGCAAAUAUUGUACCAGUGCCUAAGAAGGAUGGCAAAGUUCGGAUGUGCGUUGAUUAUCGAGAUUUGAACCGUGCGAGUCCAAAAGACAAUUUCCCAUUACCUCAUAUCGACACAUUAGUGGAUAAUACAGCCAGAUUCUCACUAUUUUCAUUUAUGGACGGCUUCUCAGGAUAUAAUCAGAUCAAGAUGGCACCUGAAGACAUGGAAAAGACCACAUUUAUCACAUUAUGGGGGACAUUUUGCUAUAAGGUGAUGUCUUUCGGACUCAAGAAUGCCGAAGCAACCUAUCAAAGGGCCAUGGUGGCGCUUUUUCAUGAUAUGAUGCACAAAGAAAUUGAGGUCUAUGUAGAUGAUAUGAUCGCCAAGUCCGAGUCAGAAGCAGAGCACAUCCUCAACCUGAAGAAAUUGUUCGACAGAUUGAGGAAGUUCAAGCUUAAACUAAACCCGACUAAAUGCACAUUCGGUGUGAAAUCUGGAAAGUUGUUGGGUUUCAUUGUCAGUCAAAAGGGGAUUGAGGCUGAUCCUGACAAGAUGCGCGCGAUAAUCGAAAUGCCUACUCCUAACACGGAGAAGGAGGUGCGAGGUUUCUUGGGCAGACUGAACUACAUUGCUAGGUUCAUCUCCCAGUUGACUUCCACCUGUGAACCAAUAUUCAAGCUAUUGCGUAAAAAUCAGGCUGUCAAGUGGAAUGAAGACUGUCAGGCUGCUUUCGACAAAAUUAAACAAUAUCUACGAGAUCCUCCAGUCUUACGGCCACCUGAACCAGGGAGACCGUUAAUUCUGUAUUUGAUUGUACUGGACGAGUCAAUGGGUUGCGUGUUAGGUCAGCAUGAUGAAACUGGAAAAAGAGAGUACGCCAUAUACUACUUGAGCAAGAAGUUCACAGAAUGCGAACGACGAUACUCGUUUUUAGAGCGAACUUGUUGCGCAUUGGCAUGGGCCGCCCAUCGUCUAAGACAAUAUAUGUUGAGUCAUUCUACGUGGUUGAUAUCCAAGAUGGACCCCAUCAAGUAUAUUUUUGAAAAACCCGCUUUGACUGGAAGGAUAGCCCGGUGGCAGAUGCUAUUGUCAGAGUACGACAUUAUAUAUGUCACAUAGAAAUCUAUCAAGGGUAGUGCUCUGGCUGAAUAUCUGGCUCAACAACCCAUUAACGAUUACCAGUCAAUGCAGCCUGAAUUCCCCGAUGAAGACAUCAUGGCCUUGUUUGAAGGUGAUCAGGAAGAGCAAAAUGGAAAGACAUGGACGUUAUUAUUCGAUGGAGCUUCUAACACCAUGGGACAUGGAAUAGGGGCAAUACUGAUAUCUCCAGAGAAUCAGUACAUUCCAAUGACUGCAAGGUUGUGUUUUAAUUGCACGAACAAUAUCGCUGAAUAUGAAGCUUGCGCUAUGGGCAUCCAAGCCGCAAUUGAAUCGAAGGCGAAAAUUUUGAAUGUGUAUGGGGAUUCGGCAUUGGUUAUCCAUCAAUUAAAAGGGGAAUGGGAGACUAGGGAUCCGAAGUUGAUUCCCUACAGAGCUUAUAUCAUGGAGUUGGUGGAGUAUUUUGAUUCCAUUGAAUUUCAACACAUUCCGCGAGAAGAUAACCAGUUGGUAGAUGCCUUAGCUACUUUGUCAUCGAUGUUCGAGGUUAAUCAAGAUGAGGUAUUGCCAAUGAUCCAAAUGAAGAGCCACGAAGAACCAGCGUAUUGUCACUUCAUUGAAGAAGAAUCAGAUGGUAAGCCUUGGUAUUUUGAUAUCAAACGCUACUUAAAAAACAGGGAAUACCCCGAAAAAGCAUCUGAGAAUGAUAAAAGGACACUAAGAAGGUUGGCUGCAAGUUUUAUCUUAAGUGGGGAUGUGUUGUACAAGAGAAAUCAUGACAUGGUUCUCCUUCGAUGUGUGGAUGCAAAAGAGGCCGAGUCGAUACUAGAGGAAGUACAUGGAGGUACCUUCGGCACACACAUGAAUGGGCACUCAAUGGCCAGGAAGAUCUUGAGGGCUGGUUACUUUUGGUUGACCAUGGAGAGUGAUUGUUGCAUGCACGUGAGGAAGUGCGAGAAAUGUCAGAAGUAUGCAGAUAAUAUCAAUAUGGCGCCCACCACUUUAAACGUAAUGUCUGCACCAUGGCCGUUUUCAAUGUGGGGGAUAGAUGUUAUUGGGGCCAUAGAGCCAAAAGCCUCAAACGGACAUCGCUUCAUACUGGUUGCAAUUGAUUACUUCACUAAAUGGGUGGAAGCUGCUUCUUACGCCAAUGUGACAAGAAAAGUUGUGACCAAAUUCAUAAAAAGAGAGCUGAUUUGCAGAUACGGAUUGCCCAACAAGAUAAUCACUGAUAACGCCACCAACUUGAACAAUCAAAUGAUGACUGAAUUGUGUGAAGAAUUUAAAAUCCAACAUCACAAUUCUUCUCCCUAUCGUCCAAAGAUGAAUGGGGCAAUCGAGGCUGCUAAUAAGAACAUCAAGAAAAUUGUACAGAAAAUGGUGGUUACGUAUAAAGAUUGGCACGAGAUGCUUCCUUUCGCUUUGCAUGGGUAUCGCACUUCAGUACGUACAUCGACUGGGGCAACGCCUUUCUCUCUGGUAUACGGAAUGGAGGCAGUGCUACCUUUCGAAGUAGAAAUUCCAUCCCUACGAGUGUUAAUGGAGACCCAAUUGGAAGAGGCUGAAUGGAUUCAAGCUCGGUUUGACCAGCUCAACCUCAUUGAGGAGAAGAGGCUAACAGCAGUGUGUCACGGGCAGUUAUACCAAAGAAGAAUGAAAGCGUUCGACAAGAGGGUGCGCCCUAGAGAGCUCCAUGAAGGCGAGCUAGUCUUGAAGAAGAUCUUGCCUAUACAGAAGGAUCAUAGGGGCAAGUGGACUCCAAAUUAUGAAGACCCAUAUGUGGUGAAGAGGGCAUUUUCUGGUGGGGCACUAAUUCUCACAAGGAUGGAUGGGGAGGAGUUACCGUUACCGGUCAAUUCUGACGCGGUCAAGAAAUUUUAUGCAUGAUGAUUCCUUGAUAGGAUACGCUACUAGGGGAUACCGACAUUGUAUCCAAAGUUUGUGGUACUCUGCUUUGUAUUUCGUUCAAUUAAUACAAUUUGGUUUUUUUCCAUAAAUUUGAAACAAUUGAUGUCACGCUGAGCUCGUAAAGAGAACAAGUAACAGAUAGUCUAAAAAAAAAGGGAAAAGAAGAAUAAAGCCAUAUACAUACCAAUGAGGCAUCACAGGUAUGAUCUCUAAGAGCAGGCCCGCUUCUAAAGGGUGUCGUGGAAGUAAAAUAAUAAAAUAAAUAAAUAAAUAAAUAAAUAAAAUAAAAUAAAAUAGAGAAGGAAAUCAUCUUUGGAAUUUGUUGUUAAUAAAGUUGUCAAGUGCAUUGCAUUUUCAAAAAAUGAGGAGAAAAAGGGAAUAAAAAUACAAAAAGUGGGGAGAAGGGAAAGUUUUUUCCAUGGUUUGUCACUCUAAGCAUAACUUGUGUUCAUCCCUUGUUGAAGCAUCUGCAUUCAUAUUGCUCGAACCUCCAAUUCGUUCAUUCCCCUCUAAAAUAAAGGAUUGCCCUAGGAAAUAAAGAAGAGUGUACUAUGGCAGGUUUUUUAGUUGACCUUGUCUGACAAUAGGCCAAAGCCACAAGUUGGGAAGAACAAAAAGGAUUGUUUGUUAGAACGAAAAACCUACAAAGGCGAUAUGGGAGAAGAAAAGAAGAUGAAAGUAGAAUGGGUUAGAUGCUGCCGAAUUUUGGCUUAGAGCUAAGUUCAUGUGAAAAUAAGGCGAACAAACUUUGGAAUGACGUGUGGCCUCCUUCCCCUACCAGAAUGUAAAAGAAAAAUCAUAUAUCCAUUUGCACCCCCUUUGAGCCAAAAUAAAAAAAGCUUCUUUCAGUAUCCCUGGACAAGAAUCAUCAGCAUGUCAAGUUACCCGAAACACAAAAGAGGUGUUCAAACAGAUCAAUGAAGAAGAAAUCUAGAAAUGCAUGUUAGAAAAUCACAGUGAUAACAAUGCAAAGGACAUGAAGGAUGUGAAAAAGGGGAAGAAAAAUGAAAAUAACGAUGAUAGAACACCACGAAAUUUCAAGUGAAAGGCUUACAGGGUGUCACGCAAAUGAUUCUUGUUCCAAAAUUAAUACCUGCAAACUCAUACUUGGGCCUUAUUAACCAUUUCUUUCAUAAACCUCUAACCCCUAGCCACGCUACAAGCCAAGAAAAGUCCACAUUGAUUGAAGAAUGUUUGUCUUGAUCUUCUCAUGAGCUUAACUCGUGGACAAAAGUAAGCGGUUGACAACACAAAUCGGCAAUAAAAAAAAAGGGAGGGAGAGUGAGUAAAAAAAAAAUAAAGUAAUAAAGAUAGAAAAUGGAGGAAAAAUUUCCCAUCAGCCUGUGAGUUAAGCAAAAGAUUCAAAUUGGGGCAAUCCUUUCCGUCUCAUCAAACUACGCUCUUGUCCAACGCAAUAAAACUGGGGCAGUUUUUUUAAAACCUUGCAUGUUUCCUCUUUAGUAUUAACCUUGCCACCGGUAAUGUUGCCCAUGAACAAUUGUUCAGCCUCUUACAAAACUUGUUCCUAUCCCUCAUUCAUUCGUGAGUUCGAGCUAGCAUGUUUUGCAUGAUGUGCAAAAACAAAAAAAAAAAAGAAAAAAAAAAAGAGAAAGAAAGAAAGAGAAGGUAUUAAACUCAUAGUUUUGCAAUGUGCACCAGGAUCUUUCACCAAUCCCCACUAUUUUUGCUUGAACAUAAUAUCAGGGACGUGACUUGAACAUGCCUUGGAUUUGACGACGACGUUGACAAUUAAUUCCAAAACAAGAGCAUCUUUGAACAAAAAAAAAAACAAACAAACAAAUAAAAAGAAGAAAGACCUUCACAUGAAUUUUAUCCAUGCAUCCAUCUCACCAUAUUACAUCAUCAUCACGUAAAAAAAAAAAAAAGAAGAAAGACCUUCACAUGAAUUUUUAUCCAUGCAUCCAUGCGUUCAUCAUGUUACGUCAUCAUUCAAAAAGUGGAUUCAAAAGUUCAGUCAGGACAAAUGCUUUGCACAAGCUUCACCAAUGAUAGGCAUUCACGGAAUGUUUGCCGGCACAUGGAAAUCAUCUGCAGGUUAUCCUUUCAAAUAACGACCCCCUCCUUGGGAUUGGUCAAGUACAGAUCCUCAGAUCCUCACGACCCUCUCCUUAGGAAUGGUCAACUCUUGUGUUCUCCUUUCGGAUAAUGACCCUCUCCUUGGAAUUGGUCAACUACAGAUCCUCAGAUCCUCACGACCCUCUCCUUAGGAACGGUCAGGUCCUUGUGUUCUCUUUUCGGACAACGACCCUCUCCUUAGGAAUGGUCAGGUCCAAGUUAUGACCCUCUCCUUGGGAAUGGUCAAAUCCAUUUGUCGUAUUGAGACCCUCUGCAAGGCAAUGGUCAUCGAUUUCAUACAUAAAGGUCCUCUCCUUUGGAAUGGUCAUUGAUUCUCUUUAUUGCAUUGAGACCCUCUCCAUGGGAAUGGUCAUCAAUUCCUUUACUUUACAUAGGGCCCUUUGUAAAGAAAGGAUCAUUGAUUUCUUGAUUUACAUCAAGAUCCUCUACAAGGCAAUGGUUAUCGAUUUCUUUACAUAGAGACACUCUCCAUAGGAAUGGUCAAAUCCACACAUAAAAAUGCAAAAGAAAAAAGAAAAAAAAAGAGUCAAACUUUCAAAAAAUAAAAUUCCAAGAAAAACAAAAUAAUUUCAAAAAUUGAAAACAAAAAUUUAAAAGUUUGUUUUGGCAUCACGACUCUCUCUAAUAGAAUGGUCAGUAAUUUCUUUCUCCCUUUCUGGAUAAGACCUAGUGGAAUCCAUCUUCACCUUUUGGAUCCUGACCCUCUUCAUAUAAUUGGUCACCACAUCCCUUUAAAUUAGUUUUUAUUCACCUAUUUUUGUAAAAACUCGAACGAAAUUAGUGUUUUUGUCUUUACUUAUCUUUUAUUAUAAUACGAAAAGUCAAUUUUCGUAUUAUCGAUAAAAUCUAAGUAAAGAGGGGCAGCUGUCAACACCCAAUUUCGUCCGGAUUGUUUUUUUUUCUUUUUAC